AGGAGAAAGCUAAAACAGGGCGUCAAGAGCUGGAUACACUGUAACCCAGCCUAGGCGCCAAGAGAAGAUACUUGGAGACUGCCACUCACAGCUCUAGCCCUGCCCGGGUGAUCACGCGAGACUCCAGCUCAGAUCUCUGAGGACGCACACAGCUCCACCACAGCGCCCAGGAUAUGGAGACCCCGGCCCGGCACAGCGGGCGCUCUGUCACCACCUGGCCAGGCCUGGGAUUCGAUGAGAAUCAGGAAGGACUGCGUAGUCAGCACCUGGAAGGUGUGAGGCCUACAGCCAUCUCGCUCCCUGCAGAGGAAGGAGACAAGGAAGGGUGUUUGCUGUUCCAGCGGAAGCAGGGAGCAGAUGUAGGAGAGGAAGGAGAAAAAGAAGAAACGCGAGGAGGAGGCGGAGAAGGAGGCCCGGAUGGCGCCAGGUCGCAGAGCCCGGAUGGCGCCAGGUCGCAGAGCCCGGAUGGCGCCAGGUCGCAGAGCCGCGCAGAGGAAGGCGGCAGCCAGUUUCGCGCUAGCGCCCUGUCCCCCGCUGAGGAAGAGGGCAACCAAGUUGGCGCCAGAUCCCCUUGGCCUGCACAGGAAGAAGGCAGACAGGUUGGCGCCAGCGCUCUGGGUCCAGCAUUUGAAGAAGGCGGCCUUGUUGGCGCCAGCUCUUCCGGGCCCGCAGAGGAAGAAAGCGGCCUAGUUGGCGCCAGCGCUCCCGGGCCCGCAGAGGAGGAAGGUGAAUUGGAUAGCGCCAGCGACUCGGGCCCAGCAGAGGAAGAAAGCGGCCUGGCUGACGCCAGCUCUUCUGAGUCCGCAGAGGAAGAAGGCGGCCUGGCUGACGCCAGCUCUUCGGAGUCCGCAGAGGAAGAAGGCGGCCUGGUUGGCGCCAGCUCUCCCGGGCCUGCCGAGGAAGAAGGCCGCUCGGUCGGCGCAGCGUUUGAAGAAGAAAGUCUAUUUGGCGCCAGCGCUCCAGGCCCGGUGGCCCACAACCACCACGUGGGCGGUACCGCCAGAAUUGGUGGCCAGGAGCUUGGGCAGCAGCAGGAGCCCGUUUCAGGGGCCACCAACAGUCUCCGAGAUAGGAACAGGCAUGAGCAGCAGGUCAGGCGCCCCACGUUCACCCCACUGCAGCUGCAGGAGUUGGAAAGAAUUUUCCAGCGUAACCAUUACCCGGACGUAUUAGCACGACUGGAGCUGGCAAGACGCAUGGAUGUAACUGAAGCCAAAGUGCAGGUUUGGUUUAAGAACAGGAGAGCCAGGUGGAGAAGAUACCAGAGAACUCUAAGGGCCAGAAAUACACCCCCUAUUGUCCAGCACUACCCUGUCACCGUAAUGUGGGGUGGAACCUAUUAUGCCAUGUUUGCUUGGGACCCAAAUUUGGUGCCAUUCCUUCCGGGGGCACUGCCAUUCUUGCUGCCCCUGCCACCUAUACGACCCCUGUUGCUGUGGCCACCCAUGCCCACGCCUGUGCACUUGAUGAUGCCCAUCCCAUGGCCUAUGCAGCCGCCCAUGCCACCGCCGUAUCCUCCCCUAUUCUUGCCUCCUCUGCCCUUCUAUUUCAUGCCCCUGUCUCCGUAUGGCCCGGUCCCCUGUGGCCUGAUCUGGAUCCUUAUUGUGAGCCAUUCUUUUUGAGACCCCUUUUUAUAAGGAAUACUUUCUGAAACUAUUUUUUCCAAAAUGUUUUAGGGCAAGAUAAAAUUUUGUGUGGCACACCAUUGUGAGCGGUUCAUCACAUGCUUGUUAAAUGUUUACUUGAAAGUACGAUGUCAUGGACCCACUUUCUGACACGGUUUUGUAUUUUCAAUAAAGAAAU